GGCCGAUCUCUGCAUUUUGUGAUAGUAAUGGUUGAACAAAAUAUUUAGUACAUUGCGGCAUUUGUCAUAUUCAAUGACAAACGUAUUAUUGGAGUGUGACAAAUGCUAAUUUCUGUUUUCGGAUGUCUAUUGUAAACUGAGAGUUUUUCGUAUCAUUUUAUUUGACUUCAUUUAAGUGUUUAAUUAAAAUGGGUGAUGAAAGCGAAGUAAUUGAAAAUGACUUAAAGAAACAAGAUAAAUAUGUUAAAGAUUCAAAAACGAAAAGUUCUGCCAAAAAGAGGAACAGACGCAAAAAGAAUAAUGUUGGAAGCAGUGGAGAAUCAGGAAAUCUGGGAAAUGGAAACAACAAGGAUGGAAAUGAUGGAGAAAAGGGUCUGGAAAAUGUUAUGGAUGAAGACAUGCAAGGCGGCUGUAAUAUCUCAAUACAAGAUAUUCGUAAAGCAAUGGAGGUUCUGUCGUUUCAACAAAAACCAGCUAAGACAACAGAAGAAGCUUUGCAGAAGCAGUAUCAAUUUUGGAACACACAACCUGUUCCGAAAAUGGAUGAGAAGAUAACGUGUAAUGAGCCUAUUGAACCAGACAAAGCAUUGUCAGAAAUCAGAAAAGAACCUUAUUCUCUUCCUGAUGGCUUUAAGUGGGACACUUUAAAUCUUGAUGAACCACUUGUUUUGAAGGAAUUGUACAUGCUUCUGAAUGAGAAUUAUGUUGAAGAUGAUGAUUCUAUGUUCAGAUUUGAUUAUCCUCCUGCAUUUUUGAAAUGGGCUCUUCAACCUCCUGGAUGGAGAAGAGAUUGGCAUUGUGGAGUUCGAGUAAUAAAAAGCAAUCGUCUCGUUGGUUUCAUAAGUGCCAUUCCAGCAACAUUGAGAAUAUACAACCAGACAAAGAAGAUGGUAGAAAUAAACUUCCUGUGUGUGCACAAGAAAUUGCGAUCAAAGAGAGUUGCUCCUGUUCUUAUCCGAGAAAUAACACGUCGUGUCAAUUUGACUGGCAUUUUUCAAGCAGUCUACACUGCAGGUGUUGUUUUACCAAAGCCUGUUGGAACAUGCAGAUAUUGGCAUAGGUCAUUAAACCCAAAGAAGUUAAUUGAAGUUAAAUUUUCGCAUUUGAGUCGCAACAUGACUAUGCAGCGUACAUUAAAAUUGUACAAAUUACCAGAAUCAACAAAAACUCCUGGUUUUAGGAAGAUGACUCCUGCUGACUUGCCACGUGCACAUAAAUUAUUAGAAGAGUAUUUGAAGAGGUUUGAUUUAGCUCCAGUCUUUUCGGAUGAAGACUUCCGGCAUUGGUUCUUGCCACAAGUAGGCAUUGUGGAUAGUUUUGUUGUUGAUAAUGGAACUGAACUGACAGACUUUGUUAGUUACUACACAUUACCAUCUACCAUAAUGCAUCAUCCUGUUCACAAAACUCUCAAAGCAGCUUAUGCAUUUUAUAAUGUGGCUUCGAAAACAAGCUGGUUGGAUUUGAUGGGUGACACUUUAGUUUCUGCUAAAAAUAAUGGCUUUGAUGUUUUCAACGCAUUGGACCUCAUGGAAAAUAAAGAGUUCCUCCUGAAGCUGAAGUUUGGUAUUGGUGAUGGAAACCUACAAUAUUACCUUUAUAAUUGGCGAUGCCCAGCUAUUCAACCUAAUAAGAUUGGACUUGUACUUCAGUAGACAAGUGAUCAUCUUGUGCAGCUGUAGGUUGAGAGUAAGAAAGUAUGUGUAAGGAAUAGUAAUGUGCGAAAGUUAAAAUUUUCCAACUUCUGUGAAGAUCAUCCUUUAUCUUCGGUUGCGAUGUAGCAGUUUUGUCUGAAUAUUUCUUCAUUGAUGUAUAAUAUUUUACAUCCCAUUUUGUUAUGUAUUUGUAAGUUUUAUAGAAGGAUAUUUCAGCCAUUUGCGAAAAUAAAUUUCUAUAUUUUGAGAGGUCUUGUAGCAAUUUGUUCCAAGCUAAAUAUACUUUUGGUGGUAGUGAUCUUUUAGUUGGUACACCUUUCAUAAAAAAGGUGCUAGUGACUGAAACACAAAGAAACAAAGGAGCAAUGUGGAUGUGUGGGAGUUUUUAUUUACAACAAAAUUUCUCGCAUGUAAAAUUCUGGAUUAUUUUGUAUAUAUAUAUAUAUGUAUAUAUGUUUCAAUUUGCAAUUUAUUUUCAUAAAUUUAGAAGCAGGAAGACUUUUAGUGCCCCACUAACAAAUGUGUGUUUUUAAAAUACUUGAAUGGGGUAGCUUCUCUGCUCUUAUGCUUCAUGAAAGCUUUUUGUUGUCAAUUCUAUUGUAAUUUCCUUGUAAAUACAUCUCUUCAGAACUAUUUGUUUCCUGAAUUCUGUUAAAAUAAAUUUGACAAAUGCAUUCUGUUCUGUAUUUGAUUUUGUAACAAAUGGAAUUUAUAUUUCUGUUUGCCAUAUAAAAACAGAGACAUUGCUUUUUAUCGUUCUUGUACAAAUAAACUGAACGAUGAAAGAUAAUGGUGUUACUAAUUUUACAUUUACUCUUACCUCCAAUGCUGUAAAUACAGUGUAAUGCACACUUUGUAAAAACUGCUGAUGCAUGAAUUGAAAAUUCUAAUUUUCGCACAUUCUAAGAUUUACAGUUUAAAUUUUUAUGGUUAGAGACAGUGCCUGUUGUGUUGACUUAACUGAACUGUGAGGGAAACUUAAAAUUGUAAAAAUGUGUGCUCGACUACUUGUAAUGUUUUGAAAUGAAAAUAUUAUGGAUUGUGUAUUCCUUUCAAAAUUAAAUUUUGAAAUACUUCAUUAUUCUUAGUGUUGGGUUGUAUCAGAAUUUCUGGGAAAUACAUUCCUAGUAUAGAUGGUCAACAUUAAAUGGAAUUUACUAAGAGAUGAUCAAUUGCAUAAGUCCACAAUUAAUUAAUUAGGUUAGAUAGCACCUGUUUAUUUUUAUUAUUAUUAUUAUUAUUAUUAUUAUUGUCAUUAUUAUAAUAAUUACCAUGAAAUUAUUAAUUUAAUAUUUUAAAUUUGGAAGCCAACUCCACAACUUGACUGAUGAGUUAAUUUGUGGAUAUGUGGACACAAAUACUGGCCACAUGAAAUUCUGUAAUUAAGAUAUGUUGCACAUACUCCUGUAUUUUCCAUUCUUUACUUGUUAUUAUAUAUUUGUUUCUUUCCUUCUGUUUUCCUUCAGCUUUCCAAUUUGUGUGUAAUUGAGUUAGGAAAGAAGAAGAGUUAGUCACGAAAGUUAGAAAUGCUUAAUGUUAUAAUCCUUGAGUGACCUGAAGCGAGUUGUUUUGUGAUACUGAUUUUUUAAUGACUGAUAGCCCAGCAAACAGAAAAGUAUUACUGGCGCGUGGUGCUAUUAGACUGCCCUUGCAUCAAAACAACUCAGUCCUGAAAGAACGACACCAAAUAUUACUUUGUGAUUACCAAGGAUAGUAGCUUUUUAGAGAGUGCCUGUGGUAUUGUUUAUGUAAUCAUUUCUAUCUCAGGAAAUGAAAAUUCUUGUGAUUUCUUUCUGUACCACUGUCUUAGUUGAUAGUUGAAAUUAUAUAUUUACAAUGUUUGUUAUACUCCAAUUUGUAUGUACAAUAUAGUUGUUUUUAAUUCAUGUGGCAAAGUAAUGUGAACAUGAGUUUAAAUUAUCAUAUAAAGACUGUAAUAUGCUAAUGAGUAAAUACAUGUUUUUAUUGAUAAUUGUGAUGCUACAAUGGAAAUUGUUUAUGAAGUCUCAAUAUAUGAUUAGUUAAAUUGUUUGUUUUAGCUAUUUGGCAUCAUUAAAAAUUGUUUAUUAGGACCUGUGAUCUGAUCUAUAAAACAGGAACACUAUAAGGUUUGUUUAUAUGCAGUUUAUGCAAUUUUAUAUUUGAAAUACAUUUUUAUUGAGUUCUCUAAGCAAGAAUGCAAUAAUAAUGAGUUCAUGUUAAGAUUAAUAUUUGCAAGCUGAGGUACAUAAAAUUAGUUAAGUUGACAAAAUACAAAGAGCAUAAAUGUUGUAUGAAACUUUGUUAGCUGGGUAGGUACAAAUUAUUCCUCCCUAGAGUGUGAAUAGUGGCAGUUCACCAUCUACGAAAAAUAAACCAGAAAUGCAACACAUAAUAUAUGUGUUACCAUGUUACCCAGUGCUCAACCAAAAAUUAAGAUGGUCUGUGUUUGUGCACAAGGCUUAAUUCUGCUUAUACAUCUAUGUAUAUGGUAAUGGUUUUGUGUCUUUUUUUCUUCAUGAAGUAUGAAGUUCAAAAUUAGUUUCUGAAUGCAUUUGUUGUUAACAUUAAUACAAGUUGUUUCAAAAAAUUCCAGUGUUUGUAUACUUUCCAUCACAAGAAAAGUAUAUAUUAUUCAUACUUGACACUUCCUGUAUGAACAAUAUAUUCGUAAAAAGUUGGCUUUCUUGGUCAAUGAGUUGAUGGCAAACAUAGUGAAUACUUGGGAGCCUUAUUUAUCUCUAAGUGUAGAAGAAAGUACAUUAGAUUUUGGACAAAAUAUCUUAAAAUACAGAUAAAUUAAUUUUGAAUAUUAAAAAUUUGCUUAAUAUUGUGAUGAUUAAGUUCUUAUUAUAGAUUCUAAAGCUUGCCCAAAGACGAAUGGAUGAGAUGUUCCAGUUAUCAAACUCUAGAACUAGAACUAGGUGAGCUGUCAUGGAAUAAGCUCUUAACCCUCUAACCUCCAGAAGUUUCUAUUAUAGUACUUUUCUCAUCUCUGAAGGUUUUAUUUUGUCCAUGACUUUCUGUACUUGCCAUCGAUUUGCCUCGGAUUGAAGAAUUAAGAUAGAAAUAGAUAAUGGAGGAGAUGACAAUGCUGAAAUGAAAUGAGAGGAAAUGGUAGAACCCUAUUCCUCUGCUCCAGUGAGUUUGGAAUGGUUGUGGACAAUGAAGGUAUGAGGAUGGGAAUGUGUCCCUAAUGUGGUGUAUGCUUCAAAUAUCUAGCAAAUAAUAAGUGAACUAACUACUUGAACUGCAAAUGACGUCUUGCUGUAUGGUAAUUCACAUUAUAGUAUAUAUUGUGUGGAAGUUUGUUGCCAAUGUUUGUCAGUUGUAUAUCCAAAUUCUGUUUUUCUGACUUGAAAAAUGACUUCUGCAACAGAGAGAAAGUUGUUUGAGACUGGAAUAAUAAUAUGUCCUAGAUAAUUAAGCAAAUAUUGAAGAUGAGAGAAAAUGAAAGAUACACCAUGUAAUAUAAACCAUGCCUGAUGUGGAGGCUGCACAUAUCAUUAUUGACUCGGAUGUCAUCAGUUGUCAAGAGGGACUUUCGUCGGAACUAUUGAAAAGUAGAAUUUAACUAAAGUGAACGGAACUAAAUUAUAAUUUAUUGGAUUUUGUCUGUGUUAAACAUUUUCUUGAUUAACUAUCUUUCAGAUCGUUAAGUGUUUUUCAUUUAGAAAAAAUGUAAGCAUGGUUGCAGUUGAUUUUCAGUCUGCUACCAUACCAGUGGAAAUCUAAAUUGCUGUUAAACUUUGUUGGUACUCGUUCCUUCCAGUUAAAUUAUUUGUCUUGCUAGAUGAAUAAUUCAUUCUCUCUCAUUGCACCAGACUCGAGUUCAUUUUUUCUUGUAUGUGUAACCCUUCAUUCCGGACUAAAUUAAUUUGUGGGGUGAGAAAUGUAGAUCUGGCUCUUGCUCUUUUUUCAGAUUUUUGUCUUUAAGUUCUACAGUUUUCCUUUUUUUUUAAAUUAUCAGACUUAAAUUUAUUACCUUUAAUUCUUUAACUCUCUUUCCAAUUUAUCAAGUGGCACAAGCUUUUGUAUUCUGGAAUGGCUACCCGUCAUCGUAAUAAAUAUUAAACAGUAAAUUAUGUCUAAUAUCUUGAAACAGGUGAAUGAGUGUGUCUUAGAUGGACUGUAAGUCAGGUUGCUUUGAAUUUAUUUUCAAUAUUAAAUAGAACACAAGCAGUGACACACCAAUGCCUUAAAGAAUGUCCAGAUUACACUAACACUUAGUGACCUGUCAUUAAUCUCGAAGUACUUAACAUGUCAUGUUCAUAUUAGUAAUAUUUACAGAUCUUGAUCUUCCUCCAAUUAUUUCUAAUAAGUUGUAUACUUUCUCAAUAUAUCAAACUCUUUUAAGUUAAUAUUGUGUUACGAUUGGUUCAUUGAAAUUCUUUUGAAUGCAGUGCACCCAUAAAUAUUCAAUAGUAUUUUAAAUUUCUAGAAAAAUGUGGAAUUUGAUAUUGUUCACCAAUUACCAAAAUAGUGUGUAUUCUUUAACUCCAUCACUCAUAAAUGGAUGAUAUAUAUUUUUCUCUAUUUUUUUAAAACUUCAAAAAUUAUUUUCAAUGUUUAAUUUCUGGUGAAACAUUUGAUAUUUCUGUUUAUUUGAAAUUUGAUAGAGGGUCUGUUUUGUGAAUUGUCCUGUAAUAGUAAUUAUUUUUUCUCGCAAAAUAAGUGAUACACUUGUUAAUGUGGUCUCUUAAAGAUACGAUGUUUGAAUGGUGAAUGUUUUAGUUUUAAUUAUUGAAGGACAAGAAUGUCAUUCCUAAACUGAGGGUAUUGGCAUUAUGAUGAUCAUGAAUGAAUGAAGAAUUUUAAGAUAACUUCGUAAGUCGUCAUUUUUUGCAUGAAAGACAUUUUUAAUACCAAAAAUGUGACUAAAAAUAUUGCAUUGAAAAUAUAUAAAUAUUUACCAUAUUUGGGAUGGAGACCUCAAGUUACUGAGUACUAGAUUCAACCUUUCGUAUUUCAUUCUUAGCGACUUGUGUUCACAAUCAAUAUUGACCUAGUUUGCUGUAAAAAUGGGAAAUUUAUCUGUAUUAAAAAUUAGUUGGUUUAAUUAACAAAGCCAUAAACUUGUUACCAAAUUUGCUGUAAGUUUGCAUUGUCCAUGGGUGUUUUCAGCAGCACUUUCUUGUGAUCAUUUUCAGUUGUUAUAAGUCUGAAAUAUUUUAACUAUCAAUUCUCUGUUGGUUCUUUUGAAAGUCUUCUGCAGGUAUUACCUGAAGGUUCAAAGUAUUAUUGAAUGUUUAAAUUAUUGCUCUCUCUUUCUCUUUUUUCUUUUCUUUUUUUCUUUCUUCCUUCUUUCAAUUAAGAUAAUUCUGAGUAGUGGGU